UCUUCCGUACUGCAGCGUUUUGCGUUCAGACAGAGAGUAUAGCAGAGUAACAGAGAUCAGCGACUUUAGGGUGAACAUCAUGUUUAAACUCGCUGUAGUCGCUCUUGUGCUUCUCAGCGCCAGCUGUUUCGCCAAACAAUCUGACCCAAAAGUGCAGGUGUACAGCCGCAACCCUGGAGAGUAUGGGAAGAAAAACGUGCUGAUCUGCUACGUCAGUGGCUUUCACCCCCCUGACAUCACCAUUGAGCUCCUGAAGAACGGGCAGGAGAUCCCGCACAGCCACCAGACCGACCUGGCCUUCGAGCAGGGCUGGCAGUUCCACCUGACCAAGCAUGCUGAUUUCACCCCUCAGGCUGGAGAGGAGUACAGCUGCAGAGUCCGACACAUGAGCAACACAAAGACCUACACAUGGGAAGCUGACAUGUGAACAACGGUUCGUUCUCUCCAGCUACUCUCCAGAACUUCAAACCUUUGCUUUGAUUUCAUCAUGUAAUUUAGGGGUGUCCCGUCCUGCAGAGUUCAGCUCCAACACGCUGCCUGGAAGUUCCUGGGAACCCCGAAGACCUCGAUUAGCUGGUUCAGGUGUGUUUAAUUGGACAGUUAGCAGACCAGCGUCCUGCAGCGUUUAACUCCAGCACUAAUGAAACACUCCUGAACCAGGACUGGACACCUCUGCUUUAGGAUAUGCUGACUGUGUUGUUUAGACGGCAAUAUGUUUUCUUGUACAGGAUGAAGAGAAGCUUCUAACUUUGUAUGUAUUUGAGUUUCUGCGUCAGGGUGACUGAUGGAGAAUAUUCACUAUCUGCCUGCAGAAUAUAUCAGCGCAUUUCUAAAAGCUUGGGUGUGGGGUUUCUUGCCUUGGUUUAGACAACUUCAGCACUUUGACAUAUUAAUGUCUUUGCAUAUUACUUAGUAAUGUUGUUUUAUGUGCAUAUUACAUAUCAGUGUGUUUAAAAUGAGUUUGAAGAUUCAGGAGAGGUGUCUUUUCGAUUUAAGGGGCAUGAUUUUAGCAUAUUUGUAGUGUUUACUAGCCUAUAGCUUCCAGCAGACAAUGCUUUUGGAAAGAUUUAAUGUCCCCGUAAAUAAACCAGAGGUUCUCUGUAAAAAUCAGCGACAAAAUAUCACAAAUUUGUAUGAACAUCACUGACUCUAUAAUUCAUAAUGUGUUGUGAUUCAGUUCAAUAAAACAUUUUCCCUUAGUAA